AUGGAGUCAUCAGGUCUGGACCUGGCUCUGAAGGUUGAGCGACUCUGUAAAACUGGGGACUACCGGGCGGGUGUGUCCUUCUUUGAGUCUGCCAUCCAGGUUGGGACAGAGACCUCCAAAUUCCUCAGUGCAUCCUACAGCCAGCUGGGAAAUGCCUACUUUCACCAAGAGUACAAUAAAGCUCUGGAGUACCAUCGGCAUGACCUCACACUUACCAGAACAAUUGGAGAUGAAGUUGGUGAGGCCAAAGCCAGCGGUAACCUCGGAAACACAUUAACUUUAGGACGGUACGAUGAAGCAGUGGUUUGUUGCCAAAGACAUUUGGAUAUCACAAGAGCCAUAUAUGAUAAGGUUGGGCAAGCUCGAGCGCUGUAUAAUUUUGGAAACGUUUACCACGCCAAGGGCAAGAGCAUCUGCUGGACUGGAGCAGAGCCAGGAGAGUUUUCAGAGGAGGCAAGGAUAGCCCUAAGGAAAGCUGCUCAGUACUAUGAAGCAAACCUGUGCCUGGUGACGGAGCUAGGCGAUCGGGCGGCCCAGGGUCGUACCUACGGGAACCUCGGAAACACUUACUAUCUGCUGGGAGACUUUGAGAAUGCAGUAGCUGCACAUGAAAAGCGCCUCUUCAUUGCUAAAGAAUUUGGGGAUAAGUCUGCUGAGAGGAGGGCCCACUGCAACCUUGGCAAUGCACACAUAUUCCUCAAACAGUUUGACGUGGCGGCUGGUCAUUACAAGAGGACACUGCAGCUGGCCAGACUAUUGAAGGACAGAGCAGUGGAGGCUCAGGCCUGUUACAGUCUGGGAAACACCUACACACUACUGCAGGACUAUGAGAGAGCUAUUGAUUAUCACCUCAAACAUCUGGUCAUUGCUCAGGAUCUCAAAGACCGUGUUGGUGAAGGAAGAGCUUACUGGAGUCUAGGAAAUGCCCACACAGCCCUGGGGAAUCAUGAGCAAGCCAUGUACUUUGCUGAAAAACAUCUAGAAAUUGCCAAAGAGACUGGAGAUAAAAGUGGUGAGGCGACAGCCAGGAUGAACUUGUCAGACCUACGACUGGCCGUAGGCCUCAAGUCCAACCCCAACUUCCAUCCCUACCUCUUCCGCAACACCAAUGCAAAUAGCUCUGCUCUGGCAGAAGCCUACCAGGGUUACCCCAGCCUACCAGGGUCCAAGUCUCCAUCCUUGAACAGAAGUAGAGAAGAGAAUUUGGAUCUCAGUCCAAUUCCUGGCAAAAGUCAAAGUGGAGAUUUUUCAGCACAUCCGGACUGGGAAGAAGAUGUGUUUCCUGGGUCUUCAAAGAAUAACACAGUCAAGGCUUCCGGUAAGCUUUUCCUCUUCCAACGGCUAAAAAGCAAAAGGCAGAAGGAUGACAAAUCAUCUCCUGAAGGCCAACGCAAAACCUGCACCAAGGACAGAGAUCCGGAGCUGGAAGCACCAGUGCCUCAGAAGCCAGGAACACUGGACACUAUCGGCGAUGAUGGCUUUUUCGACCUCCUCUCUCGUUUCCAGGGCAACAGACUGGACGACCAAAGGUGUACACUGGAUGGCCACAGCCAUCUCCCUGCCCAUCCCUCUCCCUCCUCCGUCCUACCUGUAGCUGAAAAGGAAUCUAUUUCAGAGCACGAAAAACCAUCGCAGGAUCCUGGUCAUUUCCUGGAGCUGCUGGCCAGCUCCCAAGCCCGCCGUCUGGACGACCAACGAGUCAGCUUGACCCCUUUUCCUGGCUUACGUGUCAACACCUCCAACCAGCCUCCUACACCCUCCACCUCCAACAAAGAUCAAGUCCAGUCACAAGCCCCCACUACAGAUACUACUACUCGCACACCCUCCCUGUACGGUCACAUCGAGGCCAGUGCUGAGAAGCCAGAGGGAGAUGAUGUCUUCUUUGACAUGUUGGUUAAGUGCCAGGGUUCCAGACUGAAUGAUCAGAGGUGUGCCGCUCCACCAUCUACAGCUAAGGCGUCAACUGUUCCAGAUGAGGAUUUCUUCAGUCUCAUCCUGCGUUCCCAAUCCAACAGGAUGGAGGAGCAGCGGGUCCCGGCUCCCCCUGGCAUAAACCAAUACAAACCAGGCUGACAUUAUGGAGCAAGUUUUCUUCCACACAAUAAUAUCAAAUGAAGUAACCAAGCACGCUUUUUUUUUUUUUUUUUUUUUUUUUUAACAUUUUGGGGUUUUGUAACCCUGUAGGGAUUUCUGUAGGCUCUCAAAACUGGCAUCGUGACUUCCAAGACACAUGAACUUCAUUUUUGUAAGUUCACACUUUUUAAAUUUUUUUUUUUUUUUUUUUUUUUUGUGAGAUGUCACUGGUUGGCUGCUUUUAUCAGGGACCUCCCUGCCAGUGAUGUCUGCUUUCUCUGGAAGUUCGCAUAAAGUCAAUCCUACAAAGUGAGCGUUGUAGUGGUCAAUGUUGGCUGGAUUAUGUGUCCCAAAAUCAUCAGCAAAAAAAGAAACCAUUGAUUUUUGGCUUUAGGAAGCUGGACAUGACAUUGUGUGAAAGAAAAAUUGUGCGUUUAAGCAGAGUGGAACAGGUUGUGUGGUCUGUUUACAACUUCAUUAAUUGCAAGAAUGGAACAUCUUUGUUUGAAUUGAUCUCUGACCUCUCCAGCAGUAAUUUAUCACAGCUCAACUCUUCUCUGGGGAAAUAAUCCACUGCUACAGCACUGACUGUGGAGCCAUAUACAAUAUCUGCUUGCGGAUGUUGCUUUUAAAGACACAAAAGAUUGACAAUUUUACUGUGUUGAUGGAUGUAUGGGUUGUCUUAUUGGCAUGAAAUGAAAUGGGAUUUUUUUUUUUUUAUUAAUUGUAACAAGAUUUUACUGAGGAUUAACUAGUGUGAAGGGUAAAACAAUAUAAUAUUAGCUUUUAUACUAAUACCUUCUCCUGUCUAUGGAGAAAUAAAAUCAUUUAAUUUGCAUUUCAGCUUAUUUAUUGAAUCCUGAUUUAUGAUAUAGAAUUUGCAACAUUGGGGUUUUUCCAAGUCACAGUCAUAAUUAAAAACACUUUUGUACCACAACAUU